AUGAGGCAGACGAAGAAGCGCACACAGCCAUCCUUCCACAAUACUCGCGCAUUUCUUCAGAAGGUCGAUGAAUUACUUACUGGUCCCGUGUGGUCCUGCAAGAAAGUUGUUGUCCAAGGGAAUGCUGCGGCAGAGAACGGUGAGGUAUUGAAGGAAGAGGUGGAACUUUGGCUUUGCGACCCAGUCGAGUGCAUCAAGGAGCUGAUUGGGAACCUGCUCUUCAAGGAUUCAAUGGCAUAUACUCCCGAAAAGGUAUUCGCUGACAAGGAAGGAGCUCAUCGUAUUUACGACGAGAUGUGGACAGGUGAUUGGUGGUGGAAAACACAGGAUAAACUGCCUGAAGGCGCGGUCGUCACCCCAGUGAUCUUGUCCUCAGACAAGACAAAACUCACUCAGUUUCAUGGGGAUAAAUCUGUGUGGCCUGUGUACUUGAGCAUUGGCAACAUUUCAAAGGAGACCAGAUGUCAGUCAUCUGCACGCGCAAUGAUUCUGAUAGGCUACCUACCUGUGUCAAAACUAAAGUGCUUUACAAAAGACUCACGCUCUCUUGUGGGAUACCGCCUGUUUCCCCACUGCAUGUCGCUGCUUCUCGCGCCGCUAGUGAAAGCCGGUAAGAAUGGGGUGGACACGAUAUGUGCCGACUCCUUCAUCCAACAAAUCUACCCCAUUGUUGCCUCCUAUGUCGUUGACUACCCAGAACAGUGUCUCGUCGCUUGUUGCAGCGAAAACCGCUGUCCCCGCUGUAUUGUGAAUCUGCGGGAGCACGGUGAAAUGCUGGAUACACUGCUGUUUCGAGAUCCCAACGAGACAUAUGACACCUUGCAAAAGCAGAAGAAAGGUCUGGAACCUGCUGCAUUCAAAGGCGAAGGCCUGCGCACCAUGUACAAACCCUUUUGGCAUGACCUUCCCCACUGCGACAUCUUUGCGUGCUUCACCCCAGACCUCCUGCACCAGCUACACAAAGGUGUCUUCAAGGACCAUUUGGUCAGUUGGUGCAUUGCCAUUGCUGGAGAGAAGGAGAUUGACUGGCGAUUCAAAGCACUUGCAGGGUAUCUGGGCUUAAGGCACUUCAAGAAAGGGAUUACUACCAUCAUGCAAUGGACGGGAACCGAGCACAAGGAGAUGCAACAUGUUUUUGUCGCGUUGUUGGCAGGCGCUGUUCCAAAGAAAGUUCUCACAGUUGUAUGGGCGCUUUUGGACUUUAUUUAUUACUCCCAGUUGCGCCUUCACACCACCACCACCCUUGCAUGCCUUGACACAUGUCUAAAAACAUUUCAUGACCACAAGCAGAUCUUGAUCGACUUCGAGGUGUGUUCGCACUUCAACAUUCCAAAACUUCAUGCAAUGCAGCACUACAUCAAUGCCAUCCAACUAUACAGUACUCCUGAUGGCUUUAACACAGAGCUGCCAGAACGCUUGCACAUCGACUAUGCCAAGGAGGCCUACUGGGCAAGCAAUAGGCGAGAUUACGAGGAACAGAUGGCAUUAUGGCUCCAGCGCCAGGAAGCCAUCUACCAAUGCAGCACGUACCUGGCGUGGGCCACCCGUGUUUACAGUACAACUUCAGCUGUGCAACGAAUUUCCGUUCAGGUCGAUGAAGGGUAUGACACAGACACUGAGCCAGAGGAGGCUGAUGUAGUGCCACCACCAUCAAUAUCAGUUGAUACAGAGCCUGUGCAUAAGCUUGCAAAGACAUGCCCGAAACCGAGGACAUCAGUUGAAUACUUGCAGCAAGCGCAUGGAGCAGGCGACUUUCUCCCUGUGCUGAAAUCAUUCUUGCAGAAACACCUACCCCGUAACAUGAUCAUUCCUGGUGUACAGGACCAUUUCGAUGUUUACAACCAGGUGGUCAUCAAGAUGCCUUUCAAUCCCAUUAUCAGUGACAAGCACAGCCGCAUGAGAAUUCGUGCUGUCCCUUCAGUUCCACCCUCAUCCACAGGGCGCAAGCCGGGCUCACGUGCACACUUCGACAUGGCACUGGUUUACACAGAUUGCAGCGCAAUCAAGAAGCGUGGGUUCAAAGGUCUACGAGUAGGGCAAGUCCGUGCCAUAUUCCGCCUCCCACGUCAGUUUGGAGCCUAUGUUAGGGCUGGUGGUUUCCCAAUCAGGAAACAUAUAUUAGUCAGCACAUAG